GCAGGAUGUGUACACUAGACAAAUGGGCGAGAAUUACACCCGCCCGGCCCGAGUAGAACGAGUAGAAAGUCUACUUCUUUGGAUUUAGGCCAACAAAUUGAUAGUCCUUUCGAGUCCUUGUCUAGAACCAGAUGUGAUUUUACAUAUUUGCCACCGUUGCAGAAGCAUCGCAAGGCAAAACCGGUAGUCGAAAGGCCUUGGCAGGGCCUCGGAUGGACCUUGAAACCUAUCGUUCCACUGUAACAUCAUCACAACUUUGCUCACACGAUUUCCUGGAUAGUAGGAUUGCUCCGCAAAACUGUGAAAAUGGCAUUUAGCAGAGAAACAAAUUUGGGGUUUUACUUCAUUUUUGGGAUGUGUACAUUUUUUAUAUGGUGUGACCUGAGUUUUUUCAGCGAAUUAUCAGAAAAGGGAGUAUCGAAUAACGUUACGAAAUCAGGACGGCCCGUGGCAACGAUCAAACUGCGAAUGCAAGACCAUUUCGCUCAUUAUUUGUAUCUUCCGUUCUGCAACUGGGUGGAAACUGCCUUUAAAAUUUCUGAGAUUCCUGGGGUAACUCCGAACCUAAUUACGUUGAUACAUUUUGUAUUUGCGAUGAUAGCAGGCCGAUUUAUGGCAGAUGCAGACCUUUCAUGGCGUCGUUUGGGGGCAGUAAUAUUCGAAAUGCGUAGCUGCUUAGAUAUAUUAGAUGGUGUAGUUUAUAGGUCACAGUCGCAUAGCACUAAAUUCAUGUCAGGACAUGGGACUCUAGGAUGGUAUCUAGAUUCUGGAGCAGAUACACUUGGCUCACUGUUUUUUGCCGCAGGUGUUUAUGUUUACUACAACAAAUUUCCUCCUGUUAAAACGAAAGGCACCAUUAAAGAUAUGAAGCUGAAAGAUGAAGAGAGCGCCGUGAAGCUCUUGUCGGAUGGAUCAGCAGACGAGGACGAAGCAUCCCAUUCCAAGAGAAAGCGUUUUUCUAGGAAAGCCAUCAAUGUUACUAUAACUUUGUAUGCCAUUCAGGUUUUCCUUCGAAGUGCUCUGUGGGACCACUUUCUUCAAGCAUACAAUGAAUUGCUAGACAGACCAGUUGCUGGCGUUUCUCCCGCACUACAAGCCAAGAUUUUGCACUACCACAGUACAUGGCUAAUGCUUUGGUCUUGGAAGAUCUUCAGUGCAGAUGCAUUUUUGCAUUAUUCAAUGGUCGCAACAUUUUUCAAUAAGCUUUGGAGUUGGAUGCGUUUUUGGGUGAUAUUAGGACCAGCAAUAUUGGCUGUACAUUGUUUGAUCGUACAGUUACAUGUCAUUCAGGUUCGCAGUUGGCUUGGUAUAUGAACUUGUGUUCAGCUUGGUUAUGCAAAAAAUAGUAACUUCAGUCUUGAAUCUAAUGAAUUGUGCUAAUUUUUUUUAUUUAGCUGUCAGUUACGGUUUUUGUAAUCAACAUUUAAUUAAUGAUUUUAUUACUCACCGUAAUCAUAAGUCAGUGUGUGUUUUCAUUCUUAUUUUAAACAUUUCAUAAAAAUUCAAUAAUCAUAAAAUAUUGGUAAAAAUUUGCCUGGCAUUUUUUAGAAUGCAUUGCAAUUAACAUAUUUAAUUUAAUUGAUUGUAUAGUUGUAACAUAUUUUAUUGAAAGAUA